AUGGCAUCGGACAUUCUAUCUAUCUAUCAUUCAUCUAUCAUAUUCAUUAUCUAUCUAUCUCAGCCUGUUCAUAUCUAUCUAUCUAUCUCUAUACUGACCAUCUAUCUAUCUAUCUAUCUAUCUAUCUAUCUAUCUCAUACUGACCAUAUCUAUCAUCUAUCUAUCUAUCUCAUCUAUCUAUUCAUCUAUCUAUCUAUCCUUCAAAAUUUCCGCCAGGGUGCUACAAAGGUGACCACUCAAACAAGUAGCCGGUACACAAUGACCAAUGGGCGGCUAACCAUUUCGAAUCCGAACCCCAAGAUCGAUGCCGGCUAUUACCAGUGCAUGGCAGAAAAUAAAUUAGGAAAGGUUGUGGGCAACCCUAUACAACUUUCUUUUGGGAUAAUCUAUCUAUCUAUCUAUCUAUCUAUCUAUCUAUCUAUCAUAAAUGCUAAUAUCAAUUGCUCGGGGAAUUUUCCAACGUUAAUCCAGAGGCUGUCCACAUUUUCUUUCUUUCUUUCUUUCUUUCUUUCUUACCAAAUCGAUAACGUGAUAUAUAUUACCAUUCUCUUUCUUUCUUUCUUUCUUUCUUUCUUUCUUUCUUUCUUUCUUUCUUUCUUUCUUUCUUACCAAAUCGAUAAACGCGAUAUAUAUUGCCACUCGCUUUCUUUCUUUCUUUCUUUCUUUCUUUCUUUCUUUCAUCUAUCUAUCUAUCUAUCUAUCUAUCUAUCUAUCUAUCUAUCUAUCUAUCUAUCUAUCACACACAUUUUAUGGUUAAUAUCUAUCUAUCUAUCUAUCUAUCUAUCUAUCUAUCUAUCUAUCAACCUACAUAUCUACCUACCUAACGAUCUCUUUAUUGUUUCCCAUCUAUCUAUCUAUCUAUCUAUCUAUCUAUCUAUCUAUCUAUCUAUCACAGUUUUGAUAGCUAAUAUCUGUCUAUCGAUCUAUCUAUCUGUCAACCCAAAUAUCUACCUACCUAACGAUCUAUUUAUUGCUUCCUAUCUAUCUAUCUAUCUAUCUAUCUAUCUAUCUAUCUAUCUAUCUAUUAGCUGGAUCAUCUCUCUCUCUCUCCCUCUCUCUCUCUGUCUUACCUUCCUACCUCCUUAUUUACCUAUUAGUUGGUUUCUAUCUAUCUAUCUAUCUAUCUAUCUAUCUAUCUAUCUAUCUAUCUAUCUAUGUAUGUAUGUAUCUAUCGCAUAUUUACCUUUUAUCAAAUACUAUCUAUCUAUUGCUGAGGACAGAAAGUCUAAAGAUCUAUCUAUCUAUCUAAAAAUAAAAGAAUUGGGUGUAAUGUCUGACAUAAUAUUUGAUGACGCCUUUCCCUGUUGUUCUCUCGUCUCUUUUCUAUCUAUCUAUCUAUCUAUCUAUCUAUCUAUCUAUCUAUAUAUAUCUAUCUAUAAUAGUAAAAAGAAAGAAUAG